UUUGAAAUGUUUUGAACCCCUCACUUGCGAGAUAGAGGGUUUUCUUCCUCAGAAAAUAGCACUAAAAACAUGUUUGACGUGGCUUUAAGUAGUGCUGGAGCAACUAUUGCCCUUGCUACAUCAUUUGAUGAAAAUCAUCCACCAGAAAAUAUCAUUGAUGGAAGCCUUGAUACUUUCUGGCCAACAACUGGAAUGUUUCCUCAAGAAUUCAUCAUCACCUUCAGUGCAUUAAUGAGCAUUGGAAAUAUUAAAUUCCUAUCUUCAAAUGGUGAGGAUGAUGGUGGAAGAUCUUGAAAUUGUGUUUAGUGUAAUGUAACAUGGGCAUUAUCAAUUUAAUGGUUUUUGAGUUUUUUUUUUUUCCAUAACAAUAAAUAACUCUAUGUUAGCCAGUGGAGUGGUAUGUUGCUUGCACCAAUCAGAUUCCCUGCAUUAGGGUAUGUAAUGUAUCUCACAUCAAUCAGAUUGCUGCAGUGGGGUAUGUAUCUUACACCAAUCAUAUCACAACAUUUUGAUAUCUUGUACCAAUCAGCUUUUCUUGCAAAUGAUGUCAUGGAAUUAGGGGUCUGUGCAUAAAU